UGCCAAUUCAGUUCACCUUAUAUCUCUCAGCGGAGAAGUAAAAACUUCAGUAGAGGAACCACUAACACGGAAACAGUUCUAAAAUGAGAGUUUUCAACUUGCUGCUGAUUGGAUGUUUGAUUGCGUUGUGUGUCAGCGCGGAGUCGGUGGGUGCUCAUCCUCCAAAGGACGAGCCGUGGAACGAGCCAUGUGAGACCACGACGACGCCACCCUGUGAUCGGAGGACGACAACAACCACCCAAAAGCCACCCUGUGAACGGGAAACGACCACCACCCCCGAUCCGUCCUGUAAAACAACUACAACAACGGAGGCGCCAUGCACCACAACUUCUACGACCACAACCACAACUACGACUACGACUACAACGACUCCCUGUGAAUCGACAACGACAACUACGACAACGACUACGACUACGACAACGACUACGACAACGACAACGACUACGACCACAACAACAACUACGACUACGACUACAACGACUCCCUGUGAAUCGACAACGACAACUACGACAACGACUACGACAACGACAACGACUACGACAACGACUACGACCACAACAACAACUACGACUACGACUACAACGACUCCCUGUGAAUCGACAACGACAACUACCACAACAACUACGACAACGACAACGACUACGACAACGACUACGACAACGACUACGACAACGACUACGACCACAACAACAACUACGACUACAACGACUCCCUGUGAAUCGACAACGACAACUACGACAACGACUACGACAACGACAACGACUACGACAACGACUACGACCACAACAACAACAACAACUACGACUACAACGACUCCCUGUGAAUCGACAACGACAACUACCACAACAACUACGACAACGACAACGACUACGACAACGACUACGACCACAACAACAACUACGACUACAACGACUCCCUGUGAAUCGACAACGACAACUACGACAACAACUACGACAACGACUACGACAACGACUACGACCACAACAACAACUACGACUACAACGACUCCCUGUGAAUCGACAACGACAACUACGACAACAACUACGACAACGACAACGACUACGACAACGACUACGACCACAACAACAACUACGACUACAACGACUCCCUGUGAAUCGACAACGACAACUACGACAACGACUACGACAACGACAACGACUACGACAACGACUACGACCACAACAACAACUACGACUACAACGACUCCCUGUGAAUCGACAACGACAACUACGACAACGACUACGACAACGACUACGACCACAACAACAACUACGACUACAACGACUCCCUGUGAAUCGACAACGACAACUACGACAACGACUACGACAACGACCACAACAACAACUACGACAACGACUACGACCACAACAACAACUACGACUACAACGACUCCCUGUGAAUCGACAACGACAACUACGACAACGACUACGACAACGACCACAACAACAACUACGACAACGACUACGACCACAACAACAACUACAACGACUCCCUGUGAAUCGACAACGACAACUACGACAACGACUACGACAACGACCACAACAACAACUACGACAACGACUACGACCACAACAACAACUACGACUACAACGACUCCCUGUGAAUCGACAACGACAACUACGACAACGACAACUACGACAACGACAACGACCACAACAACAACUACGACAACGACUACGACCACAACAACAACUACGACUACAACGACUCCCUGUGAAUCGACAACGACAACUACGACAACUACGACAACGACAACGACCACAACAACAACUACGACAACGACUACGACCACAACAACAACUACGACUACAACGACUCCCUGUGAAUCGACAACGACAACUACGACAACGACUACGACAACGACCACAACAACAACUACGACAACGACUACGACCACAACAACAACUACGACUACAACGACUCCCUGUGAAUCGACAACGACAACUACGACAACGACAACGACCACAACAACAACUACGACAACGACUACGACCACAACAACAACUACGACUACAACGACUCCCUGUGAAUCGACAACGACAACUACGACAACGACUACGACAACGACCACAACAACAACUACGACAACGACUACGACAACGACUACGACCACAACAACAACUACGACUACAACGACUCCCUGUGAAUCGACAACGACAACUACGACAACGACUACGACAACGACCACAACAACAACUACGACAACGACUACGACAACGACUACGACCACAACAACAACUACGACUACAACGACUCCCUGUGAACCAACAACAACAACGACAACAUCCUGUGCAACAGAAACUACAACGACUACAACAAGCCCACCAUGUACAACUACAAGGCCCCCCUGUACAACAACACGACCACCCUGUACAACAACACGGCCACCCUGUACAACAACACGACCCCCCUGUACAACAACACGACCCCCCUGUACAACAACACGACCACCCUGUACAACAACACGACCACCCUGUACAACAACACGACCCCCCUGUACAACAACACGACCCCCCUGUACAACAACACGGCCACCCUGUACAACAACACGACCCCCCUGUACAACAACACGACCACCCUGUACAACUACAAGGCCACCCUGUACAACAACACAGGCACCAUGUACGGAAACAAUCACCACUCCGUGUCCAACACCAGCCCCAUCCAAUAACGAAAAUUCCGGCCCCACCGUCUACAAUGGCAACAACGACAAUACCGAGAAGGUUGCUCUUGUCCAGAUGCUGUUCUCCCGUCACGACUGUCGCGGCAAGGACGACGGUACCUAUCUGGCCGACAUCCGCCAUUGUCGCCACUACUACGUGUGCGACAGGCAGAGAUCUAGGCGACAGAACUGUCCUCUCGGACAGUGGUUCGACCGUCAGCUGAAGACUUGUCGUCAAAGCAGCGAGGUUACCAAUUGCCUGGCUAUGCGCAAUUAGUAACGUAGAUAUCCCACAUUGAAUUGAAAUGGAAAUGAAAAUGAUCCAGCAUCAACUGUUCUAUCGCGCCCCAACUAUCUUUAUAUUCCAAAUUCGUACAAGUCAAACCAGAAUAUUUCAAUAGACCUGCAACAUAUUCGAUUUAGUCAAUCAAUGGAAAGUAAAGUAGAUUUGUAUAUACAUAUGUAUAAUAAUCAAAGCAAUAAAAAAAUUUUUCAUAGCCAUAAAA